AUGGGGCGCGGCAAGGUGCAGCUGAAGCGGAUCGAGAACAAGAUCAACCGCCAGGUGACCUUCUCAAAGCGCCGCUCGGGGCUGCUCAAGAAGGCGCACGAGAUCUCCGUGCUCUGCGACGCGGAGGUCGCACUCAUCAUCUUCUCCACCAAGGGGAAGCUCUACGAAUUCGCCACCGACUCAUGUAUGGACAAAAUUCUUGAACGAUAUGAGCGCUACUCCUAUGCAGAGAAGGUUCUCAUUUCAGCAGAAUCUGAAACUCAGGGCAACUGGUGCCACGAAUAUAGGAAACUAAAGGCGAAGGUUGAGACGAUACAGAAAUGUCAAAAGCAUCUCAUGGGAGAGGAUCUUGAAACUUUGAAUCUCAAGGAGCUUCAGCAACUAGAGCAGCAGCUGGAGAGUUCACUGAAACAUAUCAGAUCCAGAAAGAGCCAGCUUAUGAUGGAGUCAAUUUCAGAGCUUCAAAGGAAGGAGAAGUCACUGCAGGAGGAGAACAAGGUCCUGCAGAAGGAGCUCGUGGAGAAGCAGAAAGGCCAGCGGCAGCAACCGCAAUGGGACCAAACUCCACAGCAAACCAGCUCGUCUUCCUCGUCCUUCAUGAUGAGGGAAGCUCCCCCAGCAACAAAUAUCAGCAGCUACCCUGUCCCUGUGGCAGCAGGCGGCGGGAGGGUGGAGGGGGCGGCACCGCAGCCGCAGCCGCAAGCUCGCAUUGGACUGCCACCAUGGAUGCUCAGCCACCUCAGCAGUUGAACUGGAAGGCUUCCUCUCACCCGUCUCGGUGUGCGGCCAAGAUUCAGGAACGGUAGCAUGCUCACCCGGCUGCCUCGCUGCCUCCACCUGGUGCGUUAUUAUCGUCGAUCUUGUCGUGAUCGCGAGCGGCGAGUAGCAGCAGCAGUAGGGGUUUACCAUAAUUUGAGCAGCAUAUAAGUAGCAAUCUACAAUGUGUAUAUUUUGCCUUUGUUCAUCACCGUUUCCGGCGAGGCUACAGUACCAUUGAGUAAUUUACCCAUGUAAUAUUUAUGCGCAGCAUGAGCGUCAAAAUUCCAUUUUCCAUGGCAAAUGUGCGCGGUUUAUCAAUUGAAUCCUGUAAAGCCACAAUUGGUAUAUUCAACAAGACAUGCGUGCCUCAGUCA